AUGGACCAAGAAGGAUUUAGAAAAGCAGCCCACGCUGUUGUCGAACACAUAAUCGAAUAUAACUCGACUCUCCCCAAUCGCCCUGUUCUUCCCAAGAUCCAGCCGGGAUACCUUAGGGACUUAAUUCCCUCGAAUGCCCCAGAGCAACCUGAACCAUGGCCCUUAAUCCAGGCAGACGUCGAAUCACAGAUCAUUCCCGGCCUCACGCACUGGCAAUCCCCCAACUUCAUGGCUUUCUUUCCCGCUUUAGUCACCUACCCGUCUCUGCUUGGCGAGAUGUACUCCGCUGCCUUUACUGCUCCAGCAUUCAACUGGCUUUGUAGUCCAGCUUGUACAGAGCUCGAGACCAUCGUCAUGGACUGGGUUGCCAAAGCCCUCGCCCUGCCUGAUUGCUUUCUCUCCACUAGCUCAGGAGGCGGCGGAGGAGUCAUCCACGGCUCCGCCAGCGAAGCACUCGUAACCACUAUGGUAGCCGCACGCGAGCGUUACCUCCGCGUAAGAGCCGACGCUGAGGGCCUGCGAAAUGGCACGAUGGAGCGUGAUGAUCGCAUAGCUUUCCUCCGAGGCAGGCUAGUAGCCCUGAGCAGCGACCAAGCACACUCCUCAACCCAGAAAGGCGCUCUCAUAACCGGGACUCGCUACCGCAGCAUCUCAACCUCUUUAUCAGAGGAUCUCUCGCUCACCGCUCCUCGCCUUGAAGAAGCCCUCCAACAAUGCCAUGCCGACGGUCUGGAACCCUACUACCUGACCCUCACCCUCGGCACAACCAGCACGUGCGCUGUUGACGAUUUUGCCUCCAUCGCAACCCUGCGCUCCCAAUAUCCCAACCUCUGGAUUCAUAUCGAUGCCGCUUACGCCGGCGCUGCUCUCAUCCUACAAGUAUAUCAAGCCCAAUAUUCUCAAGACAUCGGCCGUGUAUCCGACUCUUUCAAUUUCAACAUGCACAAAUGGCUUCUUGUCAACUUUGACGCCUCCUGCCUCUUCGUCCAGAACCGGAAUCAUCUCACUCGUGCAUUGUCUAUAAACCCAUCAUAUCUGCAGAAUAGUUUCACUGAAUCCGGCCUGGUGACGGAUUACCGUGACUGGCAGAUCCCACUAGGGAGGCGGUUUCGGGCGCUGAAAAUUUGGUUCGUAAUGAGAAGUUACGGUGUUGAGGGACUAAGGACGCAUGUUGAAAAUUCUCUUCGAGUUGGUGAGACAUUCACCGCUAUGGUCGUCGAAAGGCGUGAUUUGUUUGAGAUUAUUGCGACGCCGAGAUUUGCGUUAACUUGUUUGAGGCUGAGGCCAGAUGUUGCUGCUGCAGCAAGGAUGAAGCAGAGACAAGUGAAUGAAAAGAUAUACAUGAGUGGCGAUACUGAACUUCCUCAUCCGAGGUCUGAUAGAAUCGCGAGCUUGGGGGCUAGCGACACCGGAGAGGGACAAAUGCUUAAGGUGGAUGCGCAAUCUAAUCUCCCAGGCCACGAUGGGGCAGAACAAGCGUCAGAGACUCUUGCGAACAACCUGACAAAGGAUAUUGCUGAUUUGAUCAAUUCUCGAGGCGAGAUCUUCAUCACGCCCACCACCACGGCGAGGAAGACGCUCAUUCGCGUGGUGAGCGGCAAUCCGGCUGCUAGCAAGGAGCAUGCUAAGAAGGCAUUUGAUAUCAUCGUGAGGACGACAGAGGAGGUGUUGGAUAAAUGUAGACAAGAUGAAGACUUGAGAAAUUGA